CCGCCAUUUUUGAAAGGAAAUUUCUGCUCGUCGAAAUUCGGUCCCUUUCAUUUCCACGAUUUCACAUCACUUUUUGAAAAGAAUACAGAGCAAAUUUUACCGGAUAAACUGGUCUUUUAGACGAAAUGGAUGUCGACAAUUCUGGGAAUUUGGACGCCUCAGAUCAUCAGAGUAUUUCACAUGAAGGUCAGUUCGUUUCUUGAGCAAGCUCGAAGCCUCUGUUUACAGGAUAAUUUUUUGUAUAAUCCGUGUUACUUUUUGUCUAUUACAUGACAGAAAUAAUUCAUUUUAGUUCAUGCAAAGUUAAAAUUUCAUCUAUCAAAGGGAUCGAGCCUAAAAACAAGUUUCGUACACAUGUAUUACAUUUAUAAGAAGGCGUACGUCUGCCAGUGGGCCUUGUUCAAUAAAUUUCCUGCGGGAAUCCACUGAAUUUGGCAGCCAUUAAUUCAAUAUAUCCUGACAUCCUGAAAUAAACCGGCUUAAAUAAGUCGUAAUAUUAAUAAUUAGAUAAAUUACAAUUUCUAGGAAGCAGUAGCUCUACGAUGGAAACUCGACUGUGUGUGGUGGGCAAAGAAAAUGGCGAAAACGAAGAACUCAUGCAAGCAGCAGAGGUAAAAGCAAUAAAAUAUUUAAUAAGUUCUUACCCUGGGAAAUGUGGUUCCCUUACUUUUGUUGAAGAAGCUUAUCGUGACGUUCUGUCGCCCCAAUGACACAUAGAUAGGUACAGAUAGAUACAGAUAGAUAGAUACAUGUAGUUUAUUAACAAAUAAUUACGUAGCAGCCAAAAGCUGAAUUGAGUAAUUAAUACAAUAUCGAAAUACAGUACAAGAAAUAUAUAUACCAAAAAAUCAAAAAAGUAAAUAUCAUUACAUAUCAGACCAGGGUUCUCAUUGAGUACCGGCAGCUGGCUAAAAAACCGGCUACUUGGAGGUUUGAGCAAUCUACUUUUUUGGGAAAAAGGGUAAAGUGAGAGAAUGAAAGCCUGAAAUUGCCUACAGCACUCAAUUAUCAAGUCGCAUACUUUUACAUCCUAGCACACUGUCUACUUUAAAACUUAUAUAAGAACCCUGUAAAUCAUACAGUUAAAAAUUUGUCAUAGAAAGUAAAAAGGAUCGCCUAAAACAAUAAGUGGUACUACAAAUGGCAUGGAUUUAAAGGUAAGUGAUUGGGCCCAUUGGGGAACUAGUUGGCGAAGCUUGUGUGAUGGAAUGCACAUGUCAUUAAAUAGCUUAGGGCAAGUGCUUCUCUCCGACUGCCCAGGCUACAGAGGUUGAAGUGACUGAGGUUGUCCUUAUAGGUGCACUCAGGGCUGAUAAUAUGAAAGGCCCUCUUCUGAACCCCCUCAACAUAGUUUCAGGGCAGUCAAUUUAUCUAUCAUUAUCCUGUCUGCAUCUACUGUGAAAAUGGUCAAUUUUUUGUGAUAAAUAAAAUCGUAUCACUUUCUUUGCAGGCCUUGAAGAUUCCAGUAACCGUUUCAGAAAAUAUUAAGGAAGCAUUGCAAUCACAAACUGAUAAUGUUGAAAUAGUAUUUGUGUGUGAACCUUUUGAAGGAGAAAAUUUUGAACUUUUACGCAAAGAAGAGCAUAGAAUCAUUGGACCACCAAUUGUAUAUGCAUGUGCCAGAGAAGACCAGCCUUUACCGUAUAAUUCAAGGCCACUUUACUGUACAAUCAUGUGUAAUAACAUCGUAUGCUUCACUGGAUUUCGUAAAAAGGAAGAACUUGGAAGGCUUUGUAAUCUUGUUCAUCAUAUGGGUGGCAGUAUAAGGAGAGAGUUUAGUGGAAGGGUCACACAGCUUGUUGCCAACUCAAUACAUGGACAGAAAUACAGAGUAAGUAAUAUUACUGUAACUGUAGUAAUAUCAUGGGUGACAAAUAACUCCUUAAUUUUGGCGGGAAAUAAAUAUAUUAUAUAACAUGUGAAAUUAUUAAAUUUCUUUGGCAACUCAGUGCCAAGAUGGCGUUCAAGGUUUUAAAAUAUUAUGAAUGAAGAUGUCAGGGCAUUAAAAGAUGGUUUAGAAAACCUAUACUCACAAAAGAGCACAUCAAGUAGGAUUCCAACAGUUAUUUUGUCGAAAAUUCAGAAAAUUUAUGGUCUAAACUUUUCAGUGCAUGGAGUUCUUGAUACAAUAAACAAGUAAAAAAAAAAUAAACAGCAAUAAAUUGUGAGCAUGAUAUGUCACCCUUGUUAAAUAUGUAACCACAUGGUAUGCUGAAAUUAGGGACCAUUUCACUCGCAUUUUUUCCAAAUUCUAAUAAUUUCCUGAGCCUAUGAAAUCUUCCUUUUUACAUAGGAAGAACUAAACCAUCCCUUCAUUUUCAUGAAUCAUUCAAGUCAUCAGGUCUGUACUGUCACCAACCCAGGGCUCGAAAAAGACUUGAAUUCCAGCAGCUUUCACAUUUUGCUUGCCCAAGGCCAUCGCUUGCUUGUCUUAGCUAAUGAUUUAGUCACUAGAUGACUUGCCUGGAACCUCACUUGCCCUUUGGAUAAAUGAAAGUUAAAGAGAUACCUACCCAACAAGGAAAUCUACUUUUCCCAGAUGACCGGACAGGGCUUUUUUUUUGAGCCCUGCAACCUCUUGUGGGUUUUUCCCCAAUGGUCAGCAAAGCAAUGAUGAAUCCCAUUAAGGUGUUUUGAGUUCAGUUCCUUUCCAGGUCAAAGAUUUUUUCUUUGCCUCGCAAGGUUCCCUGAUUUCCUUUACCAAGACCAGUGAAGACAGGGGAGAGGAAUGGGCAGUUUAAUUUCUUUUCUCCCUAUUUUUUUCCUUAUUUUUCUCCCUCCUCCCUAAUUUUUUCGGCUGUUUCUCCCUCCUCCCUGAUUUUUCACCUUUCUCCCUGAUAACUCUUUUAAGAGGCUUAUUUUAUUUGCUACUUCACCGCAGUGCCUCGUUUCCAUAAUUAUGUCUUAAAACAUCUGAAGACUAAUGCUCAGAAGGUUUUACGGUUCAUCUCUUGCACUUAGAUUUACACUUCAGAGUUAACUUUAUUUCCUAUCCUUUGUGUCAUAGUGCUAUAUACAUUAAUAUGCACCCUUCCCUAACAUUUUCUCCCUCCCAACAGACUGCCGUAAGUUUGGGGACUAUGAUUAUGACAGAAGAAUGGGUAACAAGGUGCUGGGAAAGACGUAAUGAGCUGUAAGUAAUUUGAAAAGUAUCCUGUACACUGCCAAGAUCAGCAAAAAUGUCAAAAAAUUCUGGUGUUUUUUCAUGGUACUUAACACAUAUAAUUUUAUCAUUUAUAUGAACGUGUAGUACAUAACUUAAUUUUAAAUGGAAUUGUUUUUUUAGGGGAGCAACUGCAAUGGAUGAAGGAAUGGUGAGUUUGUUUGUUUUUUCUCCCUUUAAUUAACAAGAAGGUAGGGUAAAAUUGAAAGUGCCCUUGGUGACUCAAUACCAGUUAUUAUUGUAAGCUGUGUGCAUGUAUUUCGCCUUAACUCUCUGGUAUCAAAGAUGUACAGUUCAUGACCAAUUUGAGUGAUUUUAUUAAAAAUUCAGUACUGUAAUUAUUUUGUUCAGGGAAAGUACAAGAUGAUGCCAUUUCACGGGUGUUAUCUCAGUUUUCAUGGAUUCCCGGAAGAGGAGAAGAAACACAUGGAAGAAUCUACGGAGAAGCAAGGUAAGAAUUUUAACUCCAUUUACAGUGAAAUGCAUUAGGUCUGGUGGUCCCAAAAUUAAGUGCAGAACACCCUGUUUAAGUCUGUAUUAAGUGGACAUGAUCAUCAGUGGGUCAUUAACCAUUCAAAUAUUAUUUUUCUGUUAAAUGAACCUGUAUGCUCGCUACAGUUGGGGUUAUUAAUCCCAUACUCUUCUGUUUGGAUUAUUUGCUUUUACUAGUGGAAUGUGGAAUGUCCCUUAAUUCAUUGCUGAAGUAGCCUGAGAAAACAUCAGCCAAUGUUCAGUUUGCCACACCACCAUUGGUUUCCCCACAAAAUGACAUCUAAGGAAAAAGUGCAGAAAUUCCAUACUGAUGACGACUCAUCACUAACCAGAUCUGGGGAAAUAUGACUUAGCUCAGAAUUUCAAUACUGAUGACACAUCACUAACCAGAUCUGGGGAAAUACAGUAGUGCAGAAAUUCCAUACUGAUGACCCAUCACUACCCAGAUGUGAUCAUUGCUUCUAUAGUGAUGCAUCAAAUUUAGUAUGGAAUUUCAGCCCCCUUUCUUCAGACACCAUUUUGCUGGGAAACCAGUGGUGAUGUCACUAAAUGUUUGCUGUUUUCUCAGGUCACAGCUGAAGCAGAAAUGCACUUUCACUGUAAAAAACCCAUUUACCCACCAUUUUUGUUUUCAUGGUGGCAUUUUGUCAUGAAACAACCAUAGCCAUGUAGGACACUCUUAAUUUCUUUUCCAAGGACCCUCAACUGAAAUGUUGCAAUGUUUUGUGUUUAAGGUGGAGUUCCUGUGGAAGCUAGUGACCCUCGCUGCACUCACCUGGUUGUAGAAGACAGUGUCAAAGAACUUCCAAGUGGUUUGCUAGAGCAAUCACAUUGCCAGGUCGUCAAGCAAGAGGUAAGCUUCUAGAUGGAAUCCUCCAGGAAAUUGAGUAAUUUUAAUUGAUUUCUCAGUGGACAAAAACCUUGUACAAGAAUGAUUUAAAGAAUACUGCAUUCUUUUUAACAUUUUUCAAGGCCUAAAGAUGUAAUUAGCCUUCUGUAAUAACACCAAAGAUAAUUUCUUAUGGGAGCCCGAGAAAAUGAUGUCAAAUUUCACAAGAAUUGUGAUUACACAGGUAAAAUUCUGAAAAUUUCAUGUGUAAGAUGUAAUUCUGUGAAAUGUGACAUUCAUGUUCUCGGGCUCCCAUGAGAAAUUUUCUUUGGUGUUACUAAAGAUGAUUAAUUACAUCUUUAGCCCUUGAAAAAUGUAAGGAAGAAUUCAAUAUUCUUUAAAUUAUUCUGGUACAAGGUUUUUGUCCACUGAAAAUUAAAAUUACCCAAUUUCCUGGUGGAUUCCGUCUUAAGCUUUAACAACAUGCUACAGUUAAACCUAUUUUAAGUGGCCACUCUCUGUUGAGCAGUCAGUAAUCAAAGUGCUGAAAUGAUUGUAAAAGGGAAUGGUAAAUUGAACCUCUAUUAAGAAGCCAUGAAGGCAGGAACCAAGCACUUGAUACACUCGGUUUGGCUUUAUUUUAAGAAUAUGAUGAAGGAAAAUACAACCAAUUGUGGACCAGACAUGCUGCCCCAAUCGCAUGCUUGUUUCAAAAUAAAGUGAUGUUUCUGGUAAAUAUUAUGCUUAUUUAUGAUGCACCUCUAUUGAAACUAAAUGGUUGAAAUUAACAAUAUCCGGUCAUUACAAUCAAUAAUUAUGAUAAGAAAGCAUUGCCUUCCUUAUUUACUAAUUAUUAAAUUUAUUAUUUUUUGUUGAAAGAGCAGUACGAAGACACAUUUCAAUAAGCGUGAGUAGUGUCUUACCUUGCUGUUAAUCAUGAUUUGUGUCUUUUUUUUUCAAUUUCAGUGGUUUUGGGCAAGCAUUCACAUGGAUGCAUGUGCUGAUGAGUCACUGUAUCACUUCACUGCUACAGUAGGUCAUAGAAAUUUUAACAAAGCUGUGCACCUGGGGGGACAGGAUAGGUCAGGGUUCCAGGGGGCGGGGAGGGGGUACUCGGGAAGGCAUCGCCCCAAGGUCCAACCUCCUACCCUUUUAUAUACCAUUUUUGACAGAGAGGGUAGUACCCCUUUUGUAUUCCUUCCACUGGCAAAUGUUACCACUAGUAUAGAACUUUGCACCCCUUUCAACAGCUGUAAAUGAAUUGUCUUUUACAUAUGAUUAUUAAUCACAAACCCAGGAAAUUUUCUUGAUUUUCUCACAGCCAUAAAAUCCUUCUGCUAGACUUUUUAGUUUGAGGUCCUCUACAGAGCAAAAUGACAGAUUUCCCUACCCUUUCCAAUACUUCAACUAGUGAAAUCCCUAUCCUUUCAUUUACCUGAAAAAAGUACCCCUUUAGGUAGAGCCUUCCCGUAUUGGCUAUUAUGGGGAACUCCUCCCUCCAGGUCAUGGUGUGUGCUUCCCAGGUUUCUAAACCUUAUCCUAUUUAGGGAUGAUAAAAAGGGAAACUAAUACCCUGUUCAAUACUCCUAAUACUCUAUUGGAUACUUCAGUUUUAACUGACGAUUGGUUUCCUAUACAGCCAGGCAAAUAGACACUUGAAUUUUAUCUGAAGCCUGAUACAGUUAUGUACAUACCGUACAGCUGCUAUAUCUAUGGAUCACACCAGGAACACAAUGUCAACAAGGGCAAAAAUGAUACCCUAAUUAAGAAUAGAGACCCUCAAAAAAACCAUACCCUAUCAGGCAACACAUACUAGUCUACAUAUGGCAUUACCCCCUCCCCCUGGGCAGUGGUCCAACAAAAAUACCGGUAAUGUCGGAAAUAAUUCUUAAUACAUGAUAAAAAAAAACUGAUCAAAAUUUAUUCAUUCUAAGGAUCCUUCUGAGCCUGCUACGAUGCACAACACACCAGUCAGCAGUCGCAAGAGGAAACGCCGCAAACUUAAGGACUCAGACCUUAGUGAUCUGCUUUCCCCAGACUCCCCUCUUUUCCAUCCAAAGCGUAAGAGUGGUGACCUGUUGUCAGUGUCUGGAUCUCUUCUGGAAAAUUCCUUGGUGUCACCUGCCACACCCAAAGGUACUGUAUGACCUGGGGUCCUUAAAAUGUACACCAACCAUCCAGUUGAAAAUCUUGUACUUAAAAAUAAAACUAUUAAAUUUAACAGUGUCGAAGAAUAACCUGCUACAAAGUGUAUCCAGAUCAGGUGGGGAGACCAAAAAGAGUUGAGAUAUAGCACAGCGUGCAAAGAAAGUAGUGUCCGACAGCCUGGGGCUAGUGAAUUUUGUUAUCGGGCUACUUAAUUCUGUUUUUAACUUGCCCGACGGGCAAGUGAUGUUUUUUUGAGGAAUUCGAAUAAGAGAAGAACUGUGAAAUCAAUUCUGCUCGUCAAAAAGCUUUUGGGGCUAGCGGAAAUGACGUUUGGGCUAGUAACUGCUAGCUUCAGCUUGCCCAAAGGGCAAGCUGUAAAAAUGAUUUUCUUUGCACGCUGUAGCAUCAACUCAAAUCACAUUCCUUAUUUUCUAAAGCUUCUUAAAUGGAAUGGCAUGUACAAACCAUUUGAUUUUCCAACCUGAAUUUCUGGUUUUCCCAUGUAAAUGGCAAGUUACCCAGGGCCACAUUGUUCAAAGCUGGGUUAAGAUAACCCAAGGUUAGGGCAAAAUUUAAUAGAAGUCAGAUAUGAAAGCUUAAAAAGCAAAUUCAGUUUACUUUUUACAUAUAAUUUGUUAACUGAAACUGCUGUAGCAUCUUCAGACACUUACGGGGAACCUUGUUGUAAAGAUUUCUCUUUCAUUUCCAUAAUUAUGGUUUAUUUUCUCCCUCUAGAAACUCCAAGUGGAACCAUCUCACCGUUGACCACACCCAUAGCUCCACCCCCUAAGCCUCUCACAUCACGACAGCAGGUGGCCAUGGAGCUGCUACAAACAGAAAGAAACUAUGUGGAAAUACUUACUAACAUUCUAAAGGUGAAUGGAACACAAUUUCACAAUGUUGUUUUCAUAUUCUUUUCAAACAUUAAUAUUAUGUUACUGACUUGCUAGCUCAGUUAGUUACUUACCAGACUGCAAAGCGGCAGGCCCGGGUUCAAUCCCUGACCAGGCUCCGGUUGUUCAAACGUUGGAUAGCGCUAUUCACAGGAUAAAACACUAUCCAGCGGAUUUAAGUGUCGGGAAAAUCACUUGCGUAAUCCACUGGAUAGAAAUUUAUCCGGUGGAUAGCGUUAUCCACCUUUCGAACACUGGGCCCAGGCCAAGACUCAGAGACAGACACUCAGAGACAGUUGCUACCCCGGUGUCACUGCUCAUUUUGGUUUGUUUAAAAAUUAAGAAAAACCUCUGGGACUAGGGCCUCAGGAUAUUUUUACCCAAUGUCAAGGUGUCUAUCGAUCGCUUAUUUUAUAGCCUUGAGUCUUGGAAAAAGUUUGGAAAACGUUUAUGAACUCUGUUAAUGGUAAUAGUUAAGCACCUAAGUUGUGACUGUUCAUUGUAUGUGUAUAUUGUAGGUGUUCAAAGAGCCACUAGAAAAAGAACCAUGUGGUGGAUCCAUCAUCUCGGCUGAGGACAUAAAGACGAUCUUUGGUCGGUUACCAGGCAUCUUGGAGGUUCACAAUAAAAUCAUGGUGAGACAAUUACCUUAGCAACUCUUCAGAGACUCCCAGGGGUGGGUGGCCUGUGACAUUUCUAACCCAAGCACGAACAAUAAGGACCCUCCUCAAACUCGCUAGUUUCGUACCUUCUGCCUUUAACUCAGUGCUCACUUAAUUCAAAAGUUGAUGUUUUGCACGAUCGCAGUGCAUCUGAUCAUGUUUGAUUUCAUUCUUUACUGCAGAAUGAACUUGAAGCUCUGUUGAAUGAAUGGAGAGAGGAUAAAUGCAUCGGGAAUAUUAUUAGUAAUCACGUAAGUUUGUAAAUAGUUAAUGCAGUGCCAGUCCGAUGUUCUAUCCACCACUUCUUCUAGGUGGCUACUCUUCCGAAAUAACAUAAUUUCCCCAGUCAAAUCACUAUACUUCUGCUUCUUACAAGCGAGUCAACCUCGUUACCAGGGUCCUCCCCUACUCGUCCCCUCUCUUUCGCUCCGUGGGCAAGUAGUAUAGAGGUAACAAAUACAAAGAUUAUGCGAACAUUUUUUGGUGUCCCUUGAAUAGAAGUGUCCUUUGAAUAGAGGUGUCCCAAAGGAGAGGCUCCACUGUAUCCUUGUCUUGAACUCCAUGUAUGUUUUCUGUCUUUUGACUAAUGUAGGCGGAUGAAUUAGUUAAGGUCUAUCCACCAUUCGUCAACUACUUUGAGAUGACAAAGGAGACUGUAGCGAGAUGUGAUCGAGAAUUCCCAAGAUUUCACGCCUUUCUUAAGGUAAAUUUUCUUCCUUUUCCUUGAUGAACUUUUUAGAAAACGACCUUUUCUUGCCCAGUCAUUCCACUAAGCCCCCCACCCCCAAAAGUCACGGUUUAAAUUGUUACUCCAAAGAAUCAUUUAAUGUAAACGGAAUUCUUUGAGGACAACUGUUUAUCAGCAGAUUGCAGAAAUUUAACUCAAAGGUUCGAUUUAAGAUAAGUGAUAAAUAUAAAGUGAUUAAAGUCCUGGUUUAGGUCCCUUACAGUCAUGGCAUGUUAGAGGAAAUGACAUGAAUUUCCAAGAAUUGAUAAGCUCCUCCCGUCUCAUUUCAAAAAUUACAGUUGACUCCCGAAAAACGAACUUCCGGCUAUUUUCUUCGAGCUCCCGAUAACUCGAACUUUUUUCGAUUUCCCUUGAAGGUUCGAGUCAUCGGGAGUCGACUGUAUAGGAAAGAGAAGCCUAACCCCCCCCCCCCCCCCCCCCCCCCCCCCAGCCCCAUCUGGGGGGGUAUCUUAAAAACACCACACCCCCUCCCCGGACCAAGAAGAGGUAAAAAAAAAAGUAUAUCUUCUCGUUUUGUCUUUUUUCCUUUUUUUUUCAAUCACACCGUCCUAUCAUCAAAGAAAACAACCCCACCCCCCCCACCACAACCCCCCCUAUUCCCCCCCCCCCCUUUCUUAUAAGGCGAAUCCCGGAUCCCGAAAACAUAUUGGGGACCCUCGUAUUAUAACACUGAGGCACCGACCCAUCUGCUCACUGGCGAUUCUUUUGGAAUUGAUCAUCUUUUAACCAGGCAUGUCUCAGCAGACCAGAAUGCGGAAGACAGAGCUUGGCUGAACUACUGAUCAGACCUGUACAAAGACUUCCAAGCAUGAAUCUACUUCUUUCAGGUUUGCAUUACUCUUGGUACCGAUUAAACUAGAACCAACCUACUUCUUUUAGGUCUGCCUUUGCACUUGUACCAAUUAUGGACCUUUAGAUUGUAGGACGAGGUCGACUAUGAGAACAGAUUUUCUCAGUACUAAUUAGCGCGCGCUCGCGAACCAGCGUCAUUUUGGCGGGAAAACGUGAUAGCCGUCGUAAUUCUAUUAUGGUUGUUAACGAAAUGUCGUAGUGACGGGAACAAGUCAUCUUUUGAUCAAAUUUUAGAAGUUUAAUCACUUUGUGACCUGGCCUCCUUCAAUAAAAAAACCCCAAGUUAAAUCUCGUCCUCGAAUUUAAAGCUCUCUAUUAAACAUGAUCCAACAUUGCAGCCCAAAACAACAGUAUGAAAACCUGACAAUGCCGGUCGAGUAUUGAAAGGAGCCUGUCAGAUGAAAUAAUUCUUGGAAAUAUUUAAAACGAAAUAUGUCCUAAUUUUUUCGCUAAGUACGGCGAUAAAUCCAAAUUACUGUCACGUUUAUUUCUCGUCGUGAGUUUGAGAAGGUUAACUAAUGGCUGUUAGAUUUUGCUUUGACAUUUUUUCACAACUCUCUCUCAUACAGAUCUUCUGAAGCACACAGACAAGAAAAAUCCCGACCACACAGCUCUUGGCCUGGCAGUGGACUCGCUCAAGAACGUUAUGACGUAAGGCGCUUUCUUGUGCUAUUUUUAACAUUUGCAGGCCUGCAAAUAAUUUUUGUUUUUAUAAAGGACAUACCUUCAUGAGGGUCACCGUUUUAGUCCGCGGACAAACCGAAACUUUUUUUGGAUAUACAUUCAGUGUCAACUUUUAAUUUCUGUAAAGGCCCACGUUCGAUAUAUUUUAAUUCUAACAUGACUCCGGUACUUUCUGGUCAUUUUUCUAUAUUUGGUUUGGUUUUCUUUGUCCUCAAUUCUCUUUUGGGAAUUGCGAGACAAUGGAGUCGUGAAAAAUUUGCAAUUUUGACCCUAAAGCCUCGGAGUCAUGUUAGAAUUUUAAUAACGAACGUGGGCUAUUCCCAUGAAAUUUUCAGCUACAAAAUUAGAUGUGGAGGAUUUCGUCGGACCAGGACAACUUAAGUUAUUGUACCCUGUCCAAUCACGGCGUUGCCAGCCAAUCCAUUGAACCCAUCAGAGGUCGCAGCGAAUACCCGUGGCUGGCAAAAAGCGCGGGAAAAUAUGAGAGUGUGAUUGGGUGUUUAAUAACCACUUACCAAGCACAGUGGUAAAAAGCCAAAGAAAAGCUGAUAUUUUAAUGUCUGAUUGUACCUUUCUGCAUUUAAGACGUUACUCAUUUUUUCUCUGUUUGCCAUUUCUUCUUUCAGUCACAUAAAUGAAGACAAAAGGAAAACAGAAGGGCAGGUUCAAAUGUUCGAGAUUCUGAGAGACGUUGAUGGGUGCCCUGUAAGUAUUUUUGGCCAGAAACCGGUCUUUUCGAUACAAAGUCGUUUUGAUACCAGUCAUUUCGAUACAAAGUCGUUUCGUAACGAGUCAUUUCGAAACAAAGUCGUUUUGAUACAAGUUAUUUCGAUACAAAGUCGUUGCGUUACAAGUCGACUCGAUACGGAUUUAAACAAUGAAACUGCACAACAAUUUCUAUCACUUAAAGGGCCUAUGUCACGCUAUUUGCUUUAUGUUUAAAAAGUUUUAACACUUUCCUCGCAUCAAUUGAAUUUCAAAAAUAAUGGCCCAGUUUUGUUAUUUAAGACUAUGUUUAGGCAUUAAAACUGUUUCCUGUCGUCUCUUGCCAAGGAUGGACACAGAUUGAGACUUGAAAAAGUUGGGCCAAUCUUUUCAAGUUUUAAUGUAAUGCCUGAUGAAAUUUUCUCAAUUACUGUACAUCUACUCUGUAUGGGUAAAGGCAAUAAGAAAUUACUUCAAGGCAGCAAUAUCCUCGUGACGUAGCCCCUUAACCCUUUAAACCCUGAGAUCAAAAUUUGAAUUCUCAUUCGUUGCCCUUAUUCAUUUCCUACCGAAGUAGUGGGGAGAAUUUGACAAAAUAUCAAGCAAAUUCAUCUUGUGUGAUCAUGUCCGUAAUUCUCAUGACCACUCUGUUUUACAAAGAAUUGAUAUUACAAGGAGAAAUUUGAUGCUGAUCACUCUUAGGGCUCCGUAAGCAAGAAAAACAAUGGGGUGAAUAUACUUCGCUCUAAGGAAGCCAAGUUCGUAAAACUGUUAACACCUCGACUGAAACAACUUUCAUCGAAACGAUUUGUAUCGAAACGAGUUUUUUGCCCAUGGAGAUGCAAUCGUCAGAUGAAUCUAUUGUAUAGCAAGUGUUCAGGUGACCUCCCUCUCCGUCAUCGUAUCUUAUUUCUCCUCACCCAACCUCUAAGGAUGUUCCGAUACUCAGGUUAUACUAUUUACCGCUUCUAUUCCUAGGCAUAUGUUCUAUCAUCGCAUCGUGUUUAUGUAACAAAAGCUGACACGUUUGAGUUGAGUGACACGAUCUGCGGCAAAGGAGAGGCUGUGACCAUAUUCCUGUUCAGUGAUAGCAUGGAGGUGCGGAUAAAUCAGUUGGUUAAAUUCGCUUUUGAUCACAUACCUUAUUUACUCGAAUAAGCGCUUAAUCAAUUUUCACGCCUUAAGUGAGGCGCUUAUUCGAGGGCGGCGUUUAUAUGAAAGUUUUACGUGAAAAAGAAUUGUAUUAUUAAACUUCGGUAUUAUGAUUUUCCGUAUUAAACUGAGAGAAUUAUCGCCUUCUGAUUUUGAUUAUAUCAGGACCACGGCGCUUAUUAACUUCUUUCUUCCAAAUGCGGCGCUUAUUCCAGUAAAUACAGUGAACAGGCCCGACAAUGCAUUUACCAAGGUAUUUUCUAACGCAAUCCGCGUCUUCUCUGGUUUUAUGUUGCAAAGCCUUGCGAGAUUGGUAUAAAAAAAUCUCUCCUCUUUGUUAAUCAACCAAUAGCCUCCCACGCAGACGUUUUCAGGGCUUCGUCACGCGUUCCUUACCACACGUCGCUGACACGUUGGGGGAGGAUUUCGUGACGAGUCAAAGGAACGUCUGCGUGGGUGGCUACACGUCGCAUAUUGUUGUUUGGUUUGAUGCAAAGCUCAAAGAGUGAACUUAGUAUAUUUGGUUUACAAUGCCCCACUGGGUAUCCCUUUGAAUUUGUAACUUCUUACUUUCUUCCUUCCUUUCUUUUUUAUUCUUCUUUUUUUCUUUGGUAGGUUACAAAACGACGAGGCUUAAAAAUGAUGAAUAACGUUCCUUUACCCAUGAAAAGUCCGGCAGCUCGCACACCACAAAAGGCGUAUAAGCACGUGAAAUUCAUGCCGCUGUCACAUGUCAGACGCGUGGUGGACAUCCGGGAUAAUGAAGGUAUGUAGUGCAUUAUGAACUACGUGUUAGUAGACAGACUGCGAAAAAAGGGCAAGUAAUUUAACCAGUCACUACACACCCCUGUAUACACCUAUUUUUCGUGAGUUUUUGCAAGCGACAAGGUUGCUUUGCGCGCCCACUUUCAUUUUGAUUUGUUUCUUAUUCGACAUUCUAGUUUAAAAAACGUAGACGCGCCGCACGAACAUUCGUCGGUGCUAAACCCGAUGUUUUGUAACCGAGUAACAAGGAGUAUUACUUGUUUUACUUUUCAUUUGUUCACCUGGCUCCAGUUAUUCAAAAGCUGGAUAGCGCUAUCGACCGGGGGUGCUUACCAUUUGACAGAAAAAUCCGGUUGGGGUGUCGAAAGCAUAAUGGUAAGCGAUUUACCAGUUUACCGUAGAAAUGCCACAUCCGUUAGGGUUUGAAUUCAAAAAAAAGGGCAAAUUUGUGUAGCGUGAGUCUGGAACCGAGAAGGAACAAGAAAUUGGUUAAUGGUAAGCAACAUUCCGUUUGGUUCGUACCAACCGGAAUGAAGGGACUACCUCAAAACGUACUCCUCAAUUUUCGGUUGGAAUUUCCGAAAAGUGACCUUACCAUUUAGCUUCCAUCCGGAAUUUCCGACAUUUUCUGUCAAAUGGUAAGCAUCCCGGAUAGCUCGCUACAUGUAUCCAGCACAUAAGUAUCAGGAAAACCAAUUGCGUAUAUCCAGUGGAUAGCACCACGACAUUCUCGCUAAAACCCGACGACUAUCACGUUAAUUAUACCGCUAAAAUGACGCUGGUUUACGCGCGCGCACUACUUAGUAUUGAGUAAAUCUCGACAACGACGAUAAUAAUAAUGAUGAUGAUGACGGUGCUAUUUUCUUUUUCCAACUGAAAUUGACGUUUAGUAUUUCAUGGAUUUUCUUUUGUAUUGAUCACCGUUGUUUGUUUUUUUUGCCCUACAGAUUGUCAAAAUUUGUUUGGAAUCAUCUACCGCUGCCCCCAGGAAAUGAAAGAGAAAUUGUUGAUGUUUAGACUCGUAGGCGAUGAGAUAAACAAACAGGAAUGGCUGCAAAAACUUACUACUGGACUGGCUAAUACAGCGUGCACGGCUGAUACGGUAUGUACAGUGUUUACCCCUCUCACAGCAACAGCACGAAAUACCUUAGAAACGAGAAGGGAACUGCAGCCGAAAUACGUCCCGCAAUCUGGGAUCGUUACUCGGGGCGCGCCGGUACGACGGCGACGGUGACGGGAACGGGAAAAAAGCAAUAGGCUUAGAUUGGCAAAACAAGAGCAGUGCACGUACCUUACGCUUUUUUGUACUUUUCUCUGCCGUCGCUGCGGACUACAACCUUUUGCCGAGGGUGUGAACACAAGACAGCGACUUCCUUUUUCUUUUCCAGAACUCUGAUACAGUCUUUUAGAAAUUAACUCCAUAAACAUUUGCCAACAUUUGACGAAUUGAACGAGUUGGAAUAAGCACGAUAAAGUUUGAAGUAGCGCGAAUUCACCUUUUAAGUGAUGUUUUCGUAGCCCGUCGCCGUCGACGUUGCUUAAACUCCCUAUUGGCUAAUUUUUCCCCCUCUCCUUAAAAACAGGCCCACAAAUCUUUGCCAAAGUUUUCUCGGCUCGGCCCGGUUUCCUACUCGUUUUUAAAGUGGCGAAUGUGAAUCAAAGGAGAAAGUACAACGCCCGAAUAUGGACUUAUCUUUGUUCUUCCCAUAGCGCCCUUUGCUGGACAUCACGGUUUGUGUCUGUUGAUCUGAGUUAAGUAAAAAAAAUCACCAAAGACAAAAGUUUUGAAAAAUUUCGAAAGUGAUGGUUAAACCUAGGGUCAUGAUAAGCGGGAAAAGACCAUAGAAAAAGUCACGGAAUUUAAAGAGUUCAAAAUACUACGAACCCUGCUGCAGCUCUUUCACGGUUAUCUUUGAUUCUAAAAACGUGUGAAAGUGUUUUAAAGUAAUACUAAGAAAUCGUGACAUAGCUCCUUAAAGGUACUCUUUAAGGUCUCACCGUGCGGGAAAUCAGUUGACGAUGGCGCGCGCAAAUCAAUCCGUUGGCUUGACGAAUGGCAGAACAGCAAAUUGGGCACCGGAAGUCUCGUUCAAUUCUUUCCGCGCGAUUUCCGGUCGUCAAAUGACUUUACCGCUUUGUUGUUAAAUCAGCCCAAUGGAAACGGGAAAAUGAAAACUGGGAACAAAACAGAGAAUUAGAAAUGAAGUCACUGUCAGUGCUGGGGUUCAAGUUAGGUUUUGUUCCCAGUUUUCAUUUUCCCGUUCCCCGCUGCCUUUCCUCCUUUCCCAUACCGAUUGAAAGCACAGGCGAGACAACAUGACCUUUAAAGGAGCUGUGUCACGAAAUUCAGCCAAAUUAGGUAAUUACAAAAUGCACGUUAAAUUAAGAAAAACGUAAAAAUAACCGCUUAAAACAUUAAAGGAAGAUUAAAAUAACACAACAGAUGCCACGGAUGGGCAAAACUGAGGAAGAUUGAAACGGAUUGAAAUUAGGGUUUUUGAAAACUGUUCAGCUACCCUGCGAACAGAGUCUCCUUCGAUCUUCCUAGAUAAGUCGGGAAGUGGAAGGAUGGAGACGGCUGUAGGAGCUGUUAAGUAUAACUCGUACGAGGUUUAAGUUUAAAAAGACGCUGCAGUUAGUUUGGCAAUGGCAUCGUAGGUGACACAAACAGUCGUUUACAUUUACAAUCGCCCAACGUACUGCUUCGUUUUCACCCUUUCCUCUGGAUUUGGAAGGUCUAUAGGAACAAUUUCACCUUUGGAAUCUAAACUUUCCAUGUUUCAGUGUAAAGAAGUUAAACUAAUCUUAGAGCUAAGGUAAAACUUACGGAGCUUUUCAAAAACAAAGCAUCUAACCUUGAAACACAGAAACACACAAAACGGAUCGAAAUCCACCAAUCACAAAUCACAAACUAAGACCUUUUGUUUCCUAAGAGGUUCGCUAAAAUGUAAAGGCGAGAAAGGGAAGAAAGCGCCGCUUCUUCAGAUUUUAAUUGACGUCGUAGAAAAACACAAAAUCCAAAGACGUUUUUGGCAUCGCAGGUCGGGUGUUAUCCACAAACAGCUGUAAAAGCAUCGAUCAUUUAAAUGCAACAUGGAUUCUGUAGCCUCAUGAUCUUAUUUUGAAUUAAUGUCAUAGCAAACACAAAAAAAUAAGCACAGAUAUUGUUUCUUAAAUAUUUUCAUUCAAAACCCAUUUGUUGAUCCUUCCAAGAACGUCACGUAACACUUACUGGAUUGUGGAUCCGUUCACCCAAGUAAAAUCGGCUAAGUACAUGGUUAAAUCCAUCUCGAACCUGGAGACACAAGUUUUCCAAUUUUUCUAAAACUGAACGUUCAAUCUAUAAUUUUCUCAAAAUUCCUGCAUGAAAUUGAAGCGGCAGCUAUUUGUUUUAUUAUGGAGCGUGGGCGCAGAAAGAGUCAGCAAAACUCCAGAAUAUGCGUGCGUGCACAGCUAAAACUGGUUUAUCCAGUAUAAAACUUGUCUGACUCAUCCAAAAAGCUGGAUGAUCGGCAGAUCAGAGGAACUUGAAGAUGUCGGCAGAGUCGCUUCCUCUUUCCCGACUUACCUAGGAAAGAUCGAAGCGACUCUGCUAGCAGGGUACUGUUCAGCCUAUCAGUUUUUCAAAGUUGAUCCCUGCUGUUUGCAACUUCAAAAAUAAUGCUCAAGAGACAUUUGUUUGUCUCGAGUCUCCGAUUUUGUCAUUUUCACGUAAUUUCUUUGCUUACUUUAAGUUCCAUAGCGAUUGAGGGCAAGUAAUUGGCGAAAUGUAACAAAAUGAACUGGACUGCCGUGAUACAGCCCCAUUAAAUUUUUUUGGACAAAAUAUCGUUACUUUUCAGGAAAACUUUCUGACCACCGUCGACCCACAGGAAUUGAUGUUAAGCAAAAGCGACAUGUCAAACGGAACUCUCAGUCGCGCUGUCAGGUAAAGACUGAGUGCGUUUUUGUCAAGUAGGAUUGUUGAAUACUGCUCCCCCUUUCUUUACUUGUAUCAGUUUCUUGGUUAGAACGUGCAAUUCUUGUACUACUCUGAGAUAACUAGGGGCUGAACAGAUCUUUGUAAAACACUCCUAGUUAAUAUCAUUUAUAAGAAUCAAAUUGCAAGAAAAUAUCCACAUUUGAUUCAAGAAUUACCACUAGAGAAAAGAAUUAGUUGUGAGUUUAAACACCGCAUUAACGGCAAAUCACAGAGAUGGCCACGUGACCAUUUUUCGCUCUGUAUAUUACGCUAGUUGACAAUUUCGUUUCCGAGGUCCUCUCUCUCAAAAUCGAAGGGGUUGCUUGUUGUUGUUUUCAACGUGAAGGGAUUAUUUUCACGCUCAUGGGUGAGAUUUCUUCCCAUCGCUCUCGGAGACAUUGGCAAUCGUAAGAUCAUCUCUACCGUUUUCUGUAUACCAGAAUUGCUUAAGAACACUUGUCACUUGAAUGGCCAGGUGUUAAGUUUUCUCAUUUCUCUCAACACAGGGUCGCGAAAAGAACAACAAGAAAAGUCAGCAGGGCUUUAUCUAUGAAUAAGACUCCGAAAAAAGCUGGACGUCUUCGACGGACGACUUCCAGGUAUUUAGCAUGUUUUAUCCCAAACUAGAGUAGCAGGUUUGAUAAAAGGUUUUUUUUUUCGCAAAACUGGGCCAACGGUUUUGAAAAACAGGCUUUCCCGCUGCACUUUCCAUUCAGCCGAAAUAUCCGUUUCAGACGAAUGAAAUGCAAAAGAAACUCUUGCUUCAACUGAACAUUUUUGUUGAUUUUACCCUAGUUGAAAUUAUUUGGCAGACGUCCUAGCGUUUUCGUUGAUAGCUCAGUUGCUCCUAAGAGAAAUUUAUUUUCUGGUAGUAAAAGGCAAUAAGUUAUAUUCUGGUUUCCAUUCAAUUUUUGCUCUUUUACUCCUCCUUUGUUGCCUUCCUUGCCUAGUCCCUAGGCCUAUGCGUUUCUGGUAACGUGGUCCGAGCGAGUGUUUUUCAGACUUUUCGUCUCGGAUACGUCAGUUACCGAAGUGCAUUAGCCGAGAAGGCCUGGGGAGACGCCGUACAGUAGACUAGGCAAUAGGCGAAUCUUUGCUGACGUCAUUGUUUACUUUUUUCCUCAUUAGCAUACGACUUAACUCAUAGAAGCCGUGGCCGUAUAUAUGAAUUAAAUACAAAAGUCGAAAGAGCUGAUGAAGUUGGGAAUUUGUGCAAUUUUCAGCUCUUUGCGAGCAAUAUUGAAAGAAAUAUCAGCUACCAAAAACUGCGAAAUUGCUGUGUGGCAAAAAAGUGAAUUAGGCAUACAUUCUCUGUAAAGUUUCGAGUUUUUAGAAGAGAAUUUCUCCGAAACCAUUCGGGGUAUUGGGCUCAAAUUUUUAGAGAUAACUGAAACUGUCAUGCCCUUUCAAUAUUCAGAGUUUUUAUUUUAUUAGCAUCAUCAGACAGUGAUAAGCAUAUGUUAAUGUGGCAAAAAGUGUAAACAAAGAUUCGCCUAUAGAGAGGUUAAGUAUCACGUUUACGUCAAACGGGAAACGCGAAUUUGUACCACGUGACCAAGUUUCCCCGUUAUACGUAGUUUACUGUUCAUUAUUUCUACACAUAUAUUAGUAGUUUCACGCAAUUUUUUAUCCAUAAGAAUUGUUUUGAGCUGUUUUUAUGUGCUCAUUUUCUAUUUUGAGAAAUUUGCCGUAUACGUGAAGCUUAAACUCGCUAGUGGCUUUCCUACAUCUUAUUUGCGAAAGAAGCUAUUCCGAUGAAGAUCUUUUCUUUGAGCAACAAUGAUUUUUUUCGUCUCUGUUUUAUAGUGUUUCGCCAGGUAUUCGUCGAGUUCCUAGUGCCAGCCCUCUUGUGCCCUCCAGUCGUAUUAAUCAAGGCUGCCUCAAAGGGACCAGGCCGAGAUCAACAAGUGUCCCAGGAGCAGAGCCUAUGAGCCCGUAAGGAAUUAGUCAGCGUCAUUCUCAAGCCGCGGAAAAAGUUGGUGCUCUGUUUUGUUCUUGAUCACCUGACAUUAUCUUUACAAUCCUACAUUUUGGCGGGAAACUGCAUCGAAGAGGUUUGGAUGUCAGAGAGGGCUGCAAUGGCUUUCUUGACUUUUUUUUAAUGGGACUCAAGAAUUUGAAAUAAAAUACAGCUUUUGCUUUGGAAAAUUCCAGUAAAAAUGAAGGCAACUUUGCGUGACUUUUAAAAAUAUCAUGGGAACUUCGUUAAGUUGCGACAGGCUGCGGGAGAUUAUUCAGCCAAUUAACUCUAUUACUCCUAUCACUGGAUAAUCUUGAAAUUCAUGGAAUUUUAUUUGGAUAGAUUACUUAAAAUCAAAUAUUAUCACAUGCAAGUAUUAUACUAAACUGGCAGGCACAUCAAAAAUAUAGGAGACGACAUUCACC